CGGGACCUCUGCUUUUCAUAACAACGCCGUGUGUCUUCGCCAAAGAGGACAGUCCCGACCGAGCUCGUACAAUGUGUUACCUGCGCCGAAUUUAUUGAGUAAGACAUGACCCGGGCGACUGUCUGAAAGGGAAUAUUGCAGCCGGUGAAAAUGAAGGGCCUUUAUCUUGUGGAGCCUGUGGUGGCCCUGUACGCUUUCUCCAGUUUUCUCAUAUACCCUCUGGUGCAGCAGUAUGUGUACCGGAGGCUCUGGCAGGACCUGACCAACACCACCUAUCCCAUCGCAGACGACGCCUCGAGAUGUGCAGCGAACGGCAGCAGCAACCAUUCAAGCAAAAAUGAGGAGGUACAAAGACAGGCAUCUCUCUUUUCCCUUUACACAGAGCUCUUCUCCACAGUACCCUCCUUGGUUGUCACUCUCCUGCUUGUGGCUUAUAGUGACAGGGGAGGGCGCAAGAUCACCAUCAUCAUGCCACUGAUUGGCACGUUGAUCUACACCUUGGCCUUCCUGAUCGUGUCCUACUUUGAGCUGAACAUUUACUUGCUCAUUGGCUCCUCGCUUCUCAGUUCGCUGUUUGGCGGCUUGGGCACUUUUUUCGGGGGUUGUUUUGCCUACAUAGCAGACUUGUGUGAGGAUGGUCGUCAGAAGACGCUGCGCAUGGCUGGACUGGACAUGAUGAUUGGCCUGUUGUCUGGGGUGGCUUCGAUAUCAACAGGCUACUUCCUGAGAGCUGCAGGCUUUAACUGGCCUUUCGUAACCUCUGCGCUGUGUCAGUGUUUGAUCCUACUCUAUACAAUUUUCAUCCUAGAAGAGACUGUGAAGAAGACCCCAGCUGAUGCCGCUGUUCUAGAUGGGUCCCCCCAGCCCUCGGCCCUUAAACAGAUGACCUAUGGGGUCUACAAGAUGUUUACAGGUGCCAGCCGCAGGUGUAAAACUGUUUUGGUCCUCCUGUUGCUCAUCUUCACCAGCUUCUCCUUCGCUUAUGUGGGUGGGAUCUCCUUGAUAACACUAUAUGAGCUCAAUGAACCACUGUGCUGGACUGAGAUUUUGAUUGGCUACGGAUCAGCACUGUCCACCACUGUGUUCCUGAUCAGUUUUGUGGGAGUGUUAGCGUUCACAUACUGCGGUGUACCACAGCUGCUCAUCGUGCUGAUCGGGAUCCUAUCUGUCGCAUCAGGCAUGGUCCUGUUGGCAUUUGCUAAGACCACUUUACUGAUGUUUAUAGUGAGGGUGCCAAUGCUUCUGUCUAUCAUGCCUUUCCCUGUUCUGCGCUCAAUGAUGUCAAAGAUCAUCUCAAAGUCUGAGCAGGGAGCCCUGUUUGCCUGUCUUUCCUUUCUGGAUAGUUUAACUAACAAUGUAUCAACUGCAGUCUUCAACAGCAUCUAUGCUGCUACAGUGGCAUGGUACCCUGGCUUCGUCUUCCUGUUGUCUGCAGGACUCUGUGUCAUCCCUUUGUUUGUCCUAGGGGUGGUGGGUCUGAUAGGAGUGGAUGCUGCCACAGAGGUCAAAAAGCUAGAAGCGGAUCCUGCUGAAGAUCAGAACGACAACAGUCCUCUUCUUAGCUGAGCCACGUGAAUUGCCAAAACCUCACCCGCACUUUGUUCAUUUUUUCUUCAGCCCUUUAGUCUAAGAUGCUUUUUUCCAAAAGUAACCUGUACCACUGUCACUGUACCAUAAUAAUGCAGGUUACAGAUUCAUCUCUUAGGUUUUGUUGCCCUGGUAGUUUGUGCUAUUGACCAUGAAUAUUAUGCAGAUAAAACAGGGAGUUUGUAGGAAAACAGGUUCUGAAGCAGUGAAGAUGAUAGCAUAAAUAGGAUAUUGCGAAGGAAUGAUUUAGUGAUAUAAGGUGAUAAGGUCGUCAACUCAGAGUGGUGUGUGAGUAUUCUCAGAUAUUAUUUAUACCUCAAAAUGGCCUGACUGUGACAUUACUAAUAUAUUCCAAAUUAUUUUAUGUGGUUUCUUUAAGUUUCACAGUGUGAUAUCAUUUGCAGUUUCAUGCAGUGUACCAAAUAUGCUAUGUAACACAUAUCUUGUUUACUAUAUAAAGUUGAUAAUAUCUCUCAAACAAAUCUACAACUUUGAUGCAUCUCAUUCACUAAAACCCAAUUUAAGUGUUGUAAAGAUAAACAAAAUGAUGGCAUAAAUUCUUCUCACCACAAUACAUAAUGUUCUCAUGCGGUGAAGGGAAUCCUGCUUUGCUUGGCAAGAUAUGUUACUGUAAACCAUUUGACACCAAUUCGUGCCCAUUUUAUUAGGGUGUCUGUAAAGUCAUGGAUGCUGGGCUUGGUUCCUAUUUGAACCUGCGUUAUGGGUCACAGUACUAGUGUGUUUGAAUAGGUCUAUAUCCAAGGAAAAGAAUAAACUGAUUUAAAUUCCCAUGCAGGUUAGGAACAGAACUGUUUAAGUGAUGCUGUAUUUUUGUAUAUUGACCUCUAGAUGCCACUCUUGGUCCAGGCAAACAGGCGCAUUGGCAUGCCGUACACCGACAUCAUCAUCAGCCAACACCCUAGACUUAGAGUAUAUUGUAUAACACUAUUGUUAAGCUUUCUUUAAUUUUUUUUUUUAUGUUUUAUGUUGCUUUUUAAAUCAUGCAAUUCCUCAAAGGAGACAAAUGUUUCUCAGUAAGUAUAAAUCUCCUAUAUGUAUAGAUUCCUUUUCAUUAUAGAUGCUGAAGCGUAGAUUGUAAAGAUUCUCUGUAUUUUCAGUGGUUACAAAGGGACUAUUAACGACUCUACGUUCAACCCCAGCAUACCAUAUAUUCUGAGCAGAAUAUAAAUCGCCUAGUGCAAUUAAUAUACCUGAAAUUAUGUUGGUUAUCAAUUAAUGUUGAUUAAAGUCAACCUGAAAAAAAAAUUU